CAGCCAAUGGAGAGUAAAUCAAAUAAUAUCUUUUUAGAUCCUGAUGAAAACUGUGGGCCCCCUCCGCCUCUUGACAAUGGAGACAUGACCACAUUCCCCAAAUCAGAAUAUCCUCCAGGAUCAUCAGUUGAGUACCGGUGCCAGUCCUUGUAUGUGCUUGAGGGAAACAAGGUCAUCACAUGCAGAUAUGGACAGUGGUCAAAACCACCAAAGUGCUUAGAUGUAUGUAUAAUAUCAGAAGACUCCAUGGAAAGACAUAACAUACAAUUACGAUGGUCUUCUGUGAAAAAACUGUAUUCCCCAACAGGGGAUACUGUUGAAUUUGAAUGUAAAACUGGAUAUCAUAGACAGACAUCGCAACAAACAUUCCGAGCAACCUGUUGGGAGGGGAAGCUGACCUAUCCUGUUUGUGUAAAAAACCAUGGUUAAGAUGCAGUCCUAAAACUAAAAUAUGUACAAUAUUGAGAAUUUUUCAUUGUCAAUCCAACUCAGUUUAUUUUGUCAAGUGUUAUUUAGCUCAUUUACUUUCAUAAAUCAGAAUUUGUGUUAAAUAUUA